AUGGUGUUGCCAGUACACCGAGUCAGGCCAGACGCUACCGAGAAAUACAUCGCAGCCGCAGAGGAAUAUUACACUGGGCUGAGAGAGGAUACCGAUCUGCAUGUGAAGCUGACCGGCAACUGGCAGGUGACAGUCGGCGAGCAGGACACGUUCUAUCACAUUCUGGAAUAUGAGAACUAUACUGGAUACGAUAGGACAUCGGCGAUGUUGCAGGGGUCGAAGGUGCGCGACUGA